AUCUAUGCUAUUCUUUUCUAUCCAAGCACUGCGCAUGCUCAGCUCAUUGCUGGGGAAGAAAGGGGAACAUGUCUCUGACGAGCUUUUUACCGGCGCCGACCCAGCUUUCUCAGGACCAGCUGGAGGCAGAGGAGAAGCUUCGGGCCCAGAAGUCCUAUUCCACCGCCCUGGUGUCGUCCCGCAAGGAGCCCCCUCCUUAUGAACACAGAAAAGGCUGGGUGCCUCGCUCCCUUGAGGACUUUGGAGAUGGGGGAGCUUUUCCAGAGAUCCAUGUUGCCCAGUUUCCUCUGGAGAUGGGCAGGAAGAAGAAGACAUCCAAUGCCCUGGCUGUACAGGUGGAUGCAGAAGGAAAGAUCAAAUAUGACUCCAUUGCCAGACAAGGACAGGGCAAAGAUAAGGUGAUCUUCAGUAAGUACACAGACCUUCUACCAAAGGAAGUUCUUAAUGAAGACACUCCAGAACUACAGAAGCCUGAUGAGGAGGCUAUAAAAGAGCUGACGGAGAAGACCCGCAGUGCCCUGGACAAGCAGGUGUCUCAAAAGAUUGCUGCUGCCAUGCCUGUAAGAGCUGCAGACAAACAAGCUCCUGCCCAGUACAUCAGAUACACCCCAUCACAGCAGGGAGUGGCUUUCAACUCAGGGGCCAAACAGAGGGUGAUCCGCAUGGUGGAAAUGCAGAAAGAUCCGAUGGAACCUCCACGUUUUAAGAUCAACAAGAAGAUUCCUCGAGGACCUCCUUCUCCCCCCGCCCCUGUCCUGCAUUCCCCAAGCAGAAAGAUGACAGUCAAGGAGCAGCAGGAAUGGAAGAUUCCUCCAUGCAUCUCCAACUGGAAAAACGCCAAGGGCUACACCAUUCCUCUUGACAAACGUCUGGCUGCUGAUGGUAGAGGGCUGCAAACCGUUCACAUCAAUGAAAACUUUGCUAAGCUGGCCGAGGCGCUCUACAUCGCCGACAGAAAGGCCAGAGAGGCAGUGGAGAUGAGAGCCCAGGUAGAGAAGAAGAUGGCCCAGAAAGAGAAGGAAAAGAAGGAGGAAAAACUGAGGGAGCUGGCACAAAUGGCCAGAGACCGCAGGGCAGGGAUCAAAAGUCAUGGGGACAAAGCAGCAGGUGGCGAGGACAGCGAGGUCAGGGACCGUGACGAGAUCCGCCAUGACAGAAGGAAAGAGAGACAGCACGACAGGAACAUUUCCAGGGCUGCUCCUGAUAAGAGGUCGAAGCUGCAGAGAGACCAAGACAGGGACAUCAGCGAGCUCAUCGCUCUGGGCGUUCCCAACCCACGUUCUGCCAGUGAGGCCCAGUACGACCAGCGGCUCUUUAACCAGAGCAAGGGUAUGGAUAGUGGUUUUGCCGGUGGUGAAGAUGAGACCUACAACGUGUACGACCAGCCGUUCCGUGGCAGCAGAGACAUGGCCUCUAACAUCUACCGGCCCAGCAAGAAUAUAGACAAGGACGCCUACACGGAUGACUUUGACACACUCAUGCACAACAACAGGUUUGUUCCAGACAAAGAGUUCUCAGGUGCCGACCACGGGCAGAGGCGGGAAGGGCCAGUCCAGUUUGAGGAGGAUCCAUUCGGUCUGGACAAGUUCUUGGAGGAGGCCAAGCAGCACGGCGGCUCCAAGAGACCGUCUACCAGCAGCCGCUCAAAGGACGACUACCACGACAAGAAACGCAGGAAGGAGUGAGAGUCCAUGGAUGGUGGCUGCUAGCAUGUUGGGAGGAUGGGGAGGUAGUCUGCCCCCUCUCAAAGGCUGAGAGAUGUUUUAAUAUCUCUAUCUGUGAUUUUCUAUCUGGAAUGAUCCGUCACAUUUUAGCUUACUUUCAGCGUGAGAGAAAGUAAAAGAUUUAUUCUUAAUAAGACAUGAGUAAACACAUUAUAUAUAUAGUGCAAGUGGAGCUAAAGUGAUAGCUGUUGUACGUGUAAGAUCAGCCUCUGCAUCUGAAAACGUUUCUCUGUCCACUUCAGCAAAGUCAUUUCAGAUGUGGGCAGGAUAUUUUGGCUUUAGGAUAUAUUUAGUUUUUUUUUUUUUACAAUAAUACAGAGUAAACCCAAUUGAAACUCAAAAGGACCUGUUCAUAUUUUUUAUUUUUUUUUCCUCAUUUAUCCUCAACCAUCCCCCCUUUGGGUUUUUGUCUACUGUGUUUAUUUAAACCUCCGGUGUAUUUGUGAGCCCAGUUAAAGCUCCUAUUGGAUGGUAUAAAUGUACAGCAGUAUAAACUUAUCUGUAGGAUGUAAUGCAAACUGGCUUUAUAAUUCUUGUACAUUACUUCUAAUGGAAUAAAUUUCAUACCGUGUGCAA